AUGUUCUUAUGUCCAAAUACAGAGAACUUGAAAUGUCCUAUUACGCUUGAAUUAUUUCAUGAUCCUGUUAUUGCUCAAGAUGGUCAUACAUACGAACGAGAAGCGAUUGUAGCAUGGCUUACACAAAAUGGUACUAGUCCGAAGACUCGCGAGCCAAUGACUAUAGAGUCAUUAAGACCAAAUCAUACUGUAAAACAAUUUGUCGAUGAAUUUCAAUCGACAUCAUUACAAAAACAUUACCGAUUCAAACUUGAUGUUGAUAUUAGAAAAGCAAAAAGACAACCAAUUUUUGAAGCACCUGGAAAGGUUAUUUUUGAAGGUCAAUGGAUAGUAAAGUCUGGACCGCCAGUUGUUCUACUUAACAUUGAAGGAGCUAAAGCAAGACAAGAAGCAUCAUAUUAUGUUCGACUUGGUAGCCAUCCACAUGUUGUACAUACAUAUGGAAUAGUUGAAAAUGAUAAUAAUCGACUGAUACUUGCUCAAGAAUAUGCUACUGAAGGUAAUCUUGGCAGACUACUAAAAGACGGAGACUUUCAACCAUCACAAGCAGUUUUAUUAGCAAUAUUUUUACAAAUUAUCGAUGCAAUGACAUAUCUUGCUGAGUAUGAUAUUGUACAUGGAGACUUAGCUUGUCGUAAUGUACUUGUCUUUCGAUUUAAUAAUUCUGAUGCUACACAAAACUUAGUUAAAUUAACAGAUUUUGGUUUGACACGUGCUAGUACAUUGUAUACUGUUGUUGGUAGUACAGCAUCAACAACUAUGGCAGUAGUUCCUAUAAGAUACGCAGCACCUGAAAUUCUUCAAAGGGGAGAUACAUCGAAAUAUUCCGAGAAAUCAGAUGUGUAUUCAAUGGGUGUUCUGAUGUUUGAAGCUUGUUCACAAGGACAAUUGCCCUAUGAAUCAAUAGAAGAUGAGAAUGAAGUUCGACGACGUAAGAUUAAUGGCGAAAUUUUAAGUCAACCUGAGAACUGUGACGAUGCAUUGUGGAAUAUAAUUGUCGGCUGUUGGCAUCAAGAUCCAGAGGCACGUCCAACAUUCAAAAAAUUAAAAGAAUUAUUGUUGGAACUACAAUCGCGACCAAUAUCCACAGUGUUGAGACAACCAUCAACGGAGAUUGUAGUUCAACCUCUACAGCAGUACGCACAUGUUAUUCAAAAUACAGUCGAAAAUUAUAAACAUUCUCAUGUACAAAUGUUAUCUCUUAAUAAACAAAAUUUUACUUCAAACACCAAUUUACCUAUUGAUAACAUUUCAUCUAAUACAAAUUCUUCGACAACGGUAGUUGAUUGUCAAUUUUGCAAAACACAUUUACAUAAACUUGGUGAAUUAAUCCAUGAUCCGACUGCUACAACAUUAGAUCUUCUUCUGGAAAAUAUUGGUGACAAUGGAGUAGAACAUUUAUCUGAUGUUUUACAGGAAAAUAAAACAUUACUAACACUCAAUCUCAGUGGAAAUACUAUUGGAGAAAAAGGAGCUCGAUAUGUUGCGAAAGCUCUUCGCAAAAAUCAAACACUAACAACUUUAAUACUUUGUGAUAAUCAAAUUGGGGACAUAGGUGCUCAGCACAUUGCUGAAGCAAUAGAAAGCAAUCCGACACUUCAAAAAGAUCUUCAUGACCGAAUUGCAAAAUUGGGUUCACACUAUACAAAUAUACUUGCUUCAGCUUUAAAUAUCAAUCAAACACUGGUAGAAUUAGAUCUUUCGAAGAAUUCAGUUGGUGAUGCCGGAGCACAGUCACUUGCGAAAGCGCUACAAAAGAAUCGGACAUUACUAACAUUAUGUUUAAAUAGCAACGCGAUCGAUGAUACAGGAGCACAACAUCUAAUUGAAGCAUUCAAGUUGAAUAAGACAUUAUUAACAUUAAAUCUUUGUGAUAAUUUGAUCAGUGAUGAAUGCUCCAAGUCUCUUAAUAAUUCAUUAAUCAAUAUUGAGAGUCCAAGAUGUGUGCAUUUUCAAUGA